GUAUUUGCUUUCUUAACCGGAAGUGACGUAUGUUUAUGCUCGAAGUCCAAACAGCGCAGGAACGUGGUGGUUCGGUUCCGUCAUGCUCCGGCUCAAAGUUAUUUCCGGACACCUGAGUCCCGGAUCCCCGCACACCGGGCCGGACCUGCGGGCCACGCGGUGCGGUGCCGCGGCGGGGGGGCCGGGGGAGGACGUGGUGGUGGUCCACGGCCGGAGGACGGCGAUCGGGAGGGCCAAAAAGGGCGGGUUCAAGGACACCACACCUGACGAGCUGCUGAGCGCCGUGAUGACCGCCGUCCUCACAGAUGUGGGUCUGUCACCUCACCAGCUGGGGGACGUCUGUGUGGGUAAUGUCCUGCAGCCCGGCGCCGGAGCCCUGAUGGCCCGGGUCGCCCACUUCCUCAGCGGCUUUCCAGAGACGGUUCCUGUUUUCACCGUAAACAGACAAUGUUCCUCCGGACUGCAGGCGGUUCUGAACAUCGCAGGAGCCAUCAGGAGCAGAACCAUCGACCUGGGCCUCGCCUGCGGGGUGGAGAGCAUGUCGCUGCAGUCCAUGAGCAACCCCGGAGACCUGAGCGCCAGGCUGAGCCAGAACCCCAAGGCCAGAGACUGCAUCGUCCCCAUGGGCAUCACCUCGGAGAACGUGGCUGAGCGGUUCGGCGUCUGCAGGCAGAAGCAGGACGCCUUCGCUCUGGGGUCCCAGCAGAAAGCGGCCCGCGCUCAGAGUUUGGGUCUCUUUGAGCGCGAGAUCACCCCGGUCAGCACCAGGGUGGUGGACAGCGACGGCAGAGAGCGGCAGCUGACGGUCAGCAGAGACGAGGGGGUGAGAGCAGAAACCACGCUGGAGGGGCUCUCCAAACUCCGGCCUGCCUUCAAACCGGACGGCACCACCACAGCAGGUAACUCCAGCCAGGUGAGCGACGGGGCGGCGGCCGUGCUGGUGGGGCGCCGGUCUGCAGUGGAGGCUCUGGGUCUGCCGGUUCUGGGGGUCCUGAGGGGCAGUGCGGUGGUGGGGGUUCCUCCUGACGUGAUGGGCAUUGGCCCAGCCUACGCCAUCCCUGCAGCUCUGAAGCAGGCUGGUCUGACUGUGGACGACAUCGACGUCUUUGAGAUCAACGAGGCCUUUGCCAGCCAGGCGGUGUACUGCGUGGAGAAGCUGGGCAUCCCCAUGGAGAAGGUGAACCCCUGUGGGGGGGCCAUCGCCCUGGGCCACCCCCUGGGCUGUACGGGGGCGCGGCAGGUGGUGACUCUGCUGAACGAGCUGCGGCGCAGAGGCAGGAGGGCGUACGGCGUUGUGUCCAUGUGUAUCGGGACCGGCAUGGGGGCCGCUGCCGUCUUUGAAUAUCCAGGACUGUAGCUGCAAACGGCUUCCUGACCGCCAGGAGAACGGUUCCUCACGGUUCCUCGUCUGGUCCUAGAACAUGGAACCUUCUGGCAGGAGAUCCACCGGCUCCUCCUGCUCGGUUAUCAAUAUCAUUUUGAAUAAAAUUUUAUUCGUUUCA